AUGGACCAGGCCAAGUCGAUGAUGGACCAGAAGGGCUCCUCCGGUCCGUGCUGCGCAAACGGACUGCACAAGGCGUUUCGGUCCCAGCUGAGCAAUGGAGGUUCCCACAGCCCAAGCGGCGGCAGUCAUGACGGUUACCACCACCUUCACCACGACCCCCAAACCAACGGGUCCCCCGCCAAACGGUGUCGGCUACGGAGACGGCUGGACUCGCUGAGGAAGAACAGACCACCCUUCCCUUGGUUUGGCAUGGACAUUGGUGGCACUUUGGUCAAGCUGGUCUACUUUGAGCCCAAGGACAUCACCGCAGAGGAGGAACAGGAGGAGGUAGAGAACCUGAAGAGCAUCCGCCGCUACCUCACCUCCAACACGGCCUACGGCAAGACGGGCGUGCGAGACGUGCACCUGGAGCUACGCAACCUUAGCAUCUGCGGCCGUACGGGGACGCUGCACUUCAUCCGCUUCCCCACGGCCGCCAUGCACCGCUUCAUCCAGAUGGGCCGCGACAAGAACUUCUCCAGCCUGCACACCAUGCUUUGCGCCACCGGGGGCGGUGCCUACAAGUUUGAGAGUGACUUCAGGACGAUGGCUGACCUGGAACUGCUGAAGUUAGACGAGUUGGACUGUCUGAUCCACGGGCUGCUUUAUGUGGACUCGGUGGGCUUCAACGGCCACCCAGAGUGUUACUACUUUGAGAACCCUUCCGACACACAACACUGCGUCAAACGGCCCUGCAGCCUGGACAACCCCUUCCCUAUGCUGCUGGUCAACAUCGGCUCAGGGGUCAGCAUACUGGCCGUUUACUCGAAAGACAACUACAAACGGGUCACCGGAACCAGUCUUGGUGGAGGGACGUUUUUGGGGCUGUGCUGUUUGUUAACGGGCUGCGAAACGUUCGAGGAGGCUCUGGAAAUGGCCAGUAAAGGAGACAGCACCAAUGUGGACAAACUGGUCAGGGACAUCUAUGGUGGAGACUACCAGCGAUUUGGCCUGCAGGGCUCGGCUGUGGCCUCCAGUUUUGGUCACAUGAUGAGUAAGGAGAAAAGGGACACCAUCUCCAAAGAAGACCUGGCCAGAGCAACGCUGGUCACCAUCACCAAUAACAUCGGCUCCAUCGCGCGUAUGUGUGCCGUCAACGAGAAAAUCGAGAGAGUGGUCUUUGUGGGGAAUUUCUUGAGGAUAAACACGGUGUCGACGAAGCUGCUGGCCUAUGCAAUGGACUUCUGGUCUAAGGGACAACUGAGGGCGCUCUUCCUGGAACAUGAGGGAUACUUUGGAGCGGUCGGUGCGUUCAUGGAGUUACUGAAAUCGUCUGAGGAGCCCUGAGAGGAAGUCUGCCCUCGGAUAAAAUUGAAAAGCUGCUCAAAGGUUUUCUCGUGAAAACCCUCACAGAUACAGGAAUUCCGGGAACUACUGGGAAACACUGGGAAAAGCCAUGAUAGUAAUUUAACUAUAAAGAACCCUCAAAUGAUCCUGACCUGCUUUUAUUGUAAGAUAAGAUGUUUUUAUGACUAAUUUAGACUCCCUCAGUCUGAUGAUUGUGUUUUCUUUUUGUUUUGUAUUGUAUAUAGAUGUGUGUUUAGAGUCUAGAAUGAACUCACUGAUGGCCAAAUCCUGUGGUGAAACCUCCUGCUUUAUGGCUAGACAGCGAGCAUCCGUGCUCAAAACUAAACCAGCUUUUUUAAAAAUCUGUUUUUAGACAAGCUAUAGGUACGUGAUCUUUUCCUGUGGUCCAAGUUGGAGUUAUUAAUCCAGGCUUUUCCUUUGGCUGCGUUCACAUUUCCAGGCUGAAGUGGCACAAAUCCGAUCUUUUACCCUGAUGUGACUCAGAUCUGGUGUUUUCAGGACUGUGUGGACACAAAUCCGAUCUUUUAACCUGAUG